GCUGCUGUUGCUUGUGAGCUGAUGGGACACGGGGAAGUUGCCUUGUUUUAGAAACACGUUAGAUUUUUGUAUACAGUAUAUAACAAUUUUAUGAAUAGUUCUUCAAGUAAUAUUUAAAAUCAUAAAAUUAUGGCUCCUCCGAAAAAAGGAGAUCUUACCGAUGAAGAGAGAGAGUUAUUAAACGCUAUUACAACAGGAAAUGUGCAGGAGGCUUCAAGAGUGCUGGGAUGUAAAGGUGUCCGUGUCAAUUGUUUGGAUGAGCAUGGGAUGACUCCACUGAUGUUUGCCGCCUACAAAGGGAAAGAGGACAUGUGCAAAUUGUUACUACAACAUGGAGCUGAUGUAAACUGCAAUGAGCAUGACCAUGGAUACACUGCCCUUAUGUUUGCAGGGUUUUCAGGUAAUAAAAACAUAACUUGCAUGAUGCUGGAGGCUGGAGCUGAACCAAAUGUAGUGAACUCUGUUGGACGGACAGCUGCGCAGAUGGCUGCCUUUGUAGGUCAGCAUGACUGUGUGACAGUUAUCAACAAUUUCUUUCCCCGAGAAAGACUGGAUUAUUAUACAAAACCCCAAGGCCUUGAUAAAGAGGCAAAGCUUCCCCCCAAGCUUGCUGGACCCUUGCAUAAAGUCAUCAUGACAGCUAACCUGCACCCUGUAAAGAUUGUAAUGAUGGUGAGAGAGAGCGCUCUGCUGGCUGAUGUGGCUGCCCUGGGGAAAUGCUAUAGAGUCCUGGACCUGAUCUGUGAGAAGUGCAUUAAACAGAGGGACAUGAAUGAGGUGCUGGCCAUGAAAAUGCACUACAUCAGCUUCAUUCUACAGAAGUGUAUUACUUUCCUAAAGGAGCGUGAGGAUAAGCUUGAUGGCCUUAUUAAAAGUUUGUUAAAAGGAAGAGACACAGAUGGUUUUCCUUCUUACCAGGAGAAGUUCAUCAGAGAGUGCAUUAGGAAGUUUCCUUACUGCGACGCCACCCUUCUGCAGCAGUUAGUUAGGAGCGUUGCUCCUGUAGAGAUUGGCAAUGAUCCCACCGCUCUCUCUGUGCUCACCCAAGCCAUCACCGGCCAGGUUGGUUUUAGUGAUGCUGAAUUUUGUACGGCUUGUGGCGAGAAGGGAGCUGAUAAAAGGUGUUCUGUCUGCAAAAUGGUGAUAUAUUGUGCACAAGAUUGUCAGAAGCAACACUGGUUCACACACAAAAAAGUCUGCAUGAAACUACAAGAUCAGAGAGAAAAGCAUGAAGCAGAAUCUGCUAAACAGAAAAUAAAACAAAAAAACAAACAACAAAGCAAAGGUGAAUCUAAGGAAGCAAUAGAAGACACUUCAAUUUCUCAGGAAGAACCCAGUGAUGGCCAUAAUGUUGAAACGAAAACACAAAGUGGAGAACCUAUAGCUAUAAGCGUUUCAGAGAGUGGGAUAAGUACAGCAGCUUCUGAAACUAAACAGACUUCUCUGAGUGAUGUUGUCCUCACAGGCUAAAGUAUGACCAAUACGCUGUACUUCUGAUAAUGAAACUCCUGUAUUUGAGCAACAUUUAGAACCAUUGAAAAUUACCAUAAAAAGGGGACAACAAUAUGUGUUAUUAUACACUUUGCCUUAGGACUAUUUGUUUAGAAAUUGUAAUUUUAAUUCAUGCGAAAACAAAACACACACACACACACAACAUAGGCUUCUUCGUUACAUCAUUUGGUCUCUUAAGCCAUACUGAUCACUGUUACAGAAAACAACGUGUGUUGUGCUUUCCCCUGGUUGUUUAAUAAACCUCUGUGGAAGACGCAUUCCUUGCUUCAUUUUGUAACCCUAUUUAAACUACUGCAUAAUAUAAUUAAGCAAAAACAAGGUCAGUGCGUGAUGCCAGAAUUAAAUGAAAUCAACAAUGACACAUGAAGUAAUAUUUGUAAUGACAUUUUCUCAUUAUGUUUUGAUCAUUUUAAGUUUGUCAUAAUUAUAAAAUGUACUCAAGGGAAGUAGAACAAGUCCAUAUGAGAAAGCUAUAUUUUGACUAAGUGACCUUAAGUGAGCACAAAGUGUUUGUAACUCAUACCAAUACCAUGUUUCACGUGUCACAAAGGUCAUUAUUAACAUCACCAAAUAUAUGUGUAUGUAUUACUUUAGAAAUUGAAAUUUCUGAAUUACGUAUUUGCAUUAGUCACUUCAUUAUUUAAAAUAUGAAAUGUAUUUUUUCUCAAAUAAAAUGUUGGUGUUAAAAGUUGAUGUUUGAAUUUAUACUUGUUGAGUAUAACUAUUCAGAGUUUUUCAUUAAUUACAAAUAAUAUACAGUAGUAUGCAGGGCUAUACAUUUAGAUUUUUAACUACUGGCCCGUUGGGCCACUGAGGCAGUCUUUUUCCUAACCCGGAUACAAUUUUCUGGUGCAGUAUAUACAAUUCUAGUCAAAAGUUUACA